AUGAUAAUUGUUGAUAUGUUACCAUUUAGUACAGUGGAAAAUAAAGGUUUUCGUUCAUUAAUUUCAACAAUUGAGCCACUUUAUACUAUUCCAUCGCGAAAAAGCAUUACUACACGUAUUGAAAAAAUGUAUAUAGAUAAAUCACAAAGUAUCAGAAAUAUCAUCGAAAACAUUAAUUAUAUUUCUUUAACAACUGAUGGUUGGACAUCAACAGCAAUUGAUUCAUAUUUAACAUUUACUGUUCAUUAUUUUGAUGAUAAUUGGAAAUUGUAUAGUGUAACACUUUCAAUUGAAGAAAUACAAGAAAGUCAUACGGCUGAAAAUUUAAAAGACAGUAUUAUGAAUGUUAUUGAGUCUUGGAAUUUAAAUAAUAAAAUAACGGGAAUUAGUCAUGAUAAUGCUGCAAACAUUUCAAAUGCUGUAAAACUAUUUUACGAUCAAGACAUUUAUUCAAAUCGUUGUGCUGCUCAUACAUUACAAUUAGCUGUGAAAAAAUGUUUAGAUUUAAAUACAUGUCGUCCUUUAUUAAAAACCGCAUCAAAAAUUGUUGCUAGUUUUCGACAAUCUUCUAAAAGAACAUACGCCUUAGAAAAUUAUUUAGUUGAGAAAAGUUGCAAAAAACUUAAUCUUGUACAAAGUUGCCCUACACGUUGGAAUUCUACUCUAGAUAAUAUGUUAAAACGAUUGUUGGAACUUCGUUCAGCUGUAGUUGUCAUUAUGUCUGAUCGGACACUUUUCAAUAGUAAGAUCGCGAAAGAUCAAGAAUUACUAGAAGAAGACUGGGAAAAUAGAAAUACUUGUUACUUUAUUGAAACCAUUAAAAACAGCAACAACAGUUUUAUGUGCUGA